AUGAAAACGAUCGGAAUCUGCAUCCCAACUAUCGAAGGCGGUGUUAUCGUCCACCAAGAAAUUGGACGAGAAGCAGCGCGGCGGGGCAUUGCUUACCCUCAAAUCAUCACUCACACUCCUCUCUACGGAGACCUGGAACAAGCACUCAAGACCGAUGACCUUCCAUCCCUGACAGCAACAAUCACUGGGUCUAUUAACCGUACUGCGAAAGCAGGUGCGGGGUUUGCUAUCAUCAGUGCCAAUACGCCACAUAUUGUGCUUGACGAUGUUGCAGUCGAAUCAACGAUCCCUGUUCUCAGUAUUCUUGACGUCUCCGCUGGAUACUGCGAAAAAAGUGGUUACACGAAUGUCGGUAUUCUCGGCACAAGCUGGACUGUCAACCGUCGUCUGUAUGAUGGUCCUUUGCAAAAGAGAGGCAUAGCCGCCGUCUAUGUGUCUGAUUCUGACCAGGCAAUCGUCAUGCAUGCAAUCGAAAAAGAGCUAGUCCAGGGGAUUUUCCUAGAGGAGACUACCAACAAGUUGGUGCGCAUUGCUAAGGACCUUGCCACACGAUGUGAUGCCAUUAUUCUUGGUUGUACCGAGUUGCCGCUUGUUCUCGGGGAAGAGAACUGCGGGAUCAAGGUUGUCGAUACAACGCGGCUUCUCUCCCAUGCUGCGCUUGAUUUUGCGACCCAGGAUUGA